UGCAAAUGUGACCGACAGAGUCGACGGCCGCCGUCUGCAUUUGCAAACGUAGCGCGAUGAAGCGAACCAUUGAGUAUGUGGUUGCAGGCAGCAAUGACAUGGCGAAUCAUGGCAGGGUGCUGUUGCCACGCAAGAUGACCAGCCUUGCCAGUGGACGUCCUGGUCCUCUUGCAGAAAAGUGCACACCCACCAACGACCUGGACGCGUUGGGGGAAGAGGGUCUCGUGCGCCAUGUGCUGACCUUCCUCAACGUGAAAGAGCACCACGUGUGCAAGUCGGUGAGCAAGCAAUGGAAAUCCCUCGUCGAAACACUGGACAUGUUUCGCCUCGACCUGAGCGUGCGAUCCCCGCUGCACUCGAAAAACCUUGAACGCGCGCUCCUCUCCACAAUCCACAGCUACGCGGACAUCCGCGAGAUCAACUUUACGGGGCAGCGGUCUCUCUGCGACCGCGACCUGCUCGUCCUCACGUCGUGCUUCUGGUCGACGCUCGAAUCAAUCGUUGUCGACGAUUGCCUCGAUAUCACGGACUUUGGGCUGCUUGCCAUCCUGAAUGCGCAGUCCCAGCGCCUCACUAGGGUUUCCUUUCGUCACUGCAAACACAUCACGGGCCGCUUCGCCCAGUCUGCGAUCGCCGGCCAGCACCCGUCCCUGAAAACCCUCGAUUUCUACAACACGCGCGUCGGCCGCAACCUCGUCCAAGGCCUUGAGCGAUGUUUUCCUUCCCUCCAACACAUCUUCGCCGCCCACACGCCCGCUCACUUUGACCUGUUUGAGCAAGCGCCGUUCCACGACAUCAAGAUGGAGUGGAUGCGCGCCGUGGGCAACCAAUUCCACGACGCUCCGUUCCGGCUCGUCUUGGCUGACUUCAACGCCACAGCCUCGUCUGUCUUCAAGUCGUCGUCGCUGUCUGUGUUCGAGCGAACGUUGCUCACCCAUCCAUCUUCGUUGCUCGACGUCCCUCUCGACGCGGACGGCUACACGUCGGCGCUGCUCUACGCCUGCGACAACGACCUGGACAACUUGGUCAAGCGUCUCAUCAAGCUUGGUGCUGCGGUCGAUGUCACGGACAGAGACUGUGCAACGCCGCUGUGCCUCGCCGCCGCCACUGGCAGCCUCUCCAGUGUCGAUGCCUUGCUCGCAAAUGGUGCGUGCGUGAACGCCCGCACUCUAUCUCUGGCGACGCCUCUGUACUUUGCUUCAGAGAUGGACUGGACCGAGGUCGUUGCCCACCUCCUCGCUCACAAUGCGACACCGGACGCCAAGACCACGUCCAACUCGACCGCGCUCUGUGUCGCCGCCAAGAACGGGUCCCGAGCGUCGGUGCAUCAGCUCAUCCGCCAUCGCGCGCGGCGCCCGAGCUUUGUGACGCUCACCAAGAAGGCGACGAUGGAAGAGCUGAUGCUCGCGUUAUGCUUGGCGUGCGAGCGAAGCCACUUGGACAUCGUACGCGACCUGCUCGCGUUUGGGUUGAACCCCAACCUGGUCAUGGACAACGGCGUCACCCCGCUGUACUUGGCGUGCCAGAUGGGACACAAGAGCAUUGUGCAAGCGCUGUGCAUGCAUGGCGCAAACCCCAACUUCCGACGACCGGCAGGUGGCGUGUCAUGCCUGUACAUCGCGGCGCAAGAGGGCAAAGCAGACGUCGUUCGGGUGCUUCUGUCGUUUGGAGUCCAUGUAAACGCGACAAUGGACGAUCAAAGCGCGGCGUUGCACAUUGCAGUGCGGAUGGGGCAUUUGGAAAUUGUCCAGGUACUUCACCAAGCCGCCGACGGAGGCGACUUGAAUAUGCAGACGCGGUCCGGCCUGUCGCCGCUCUUUAUUGCGUGCGAAGAAGGCCAUACCGCCAUUGUGACGUACUUGGUCGAGAGCCCGUCGUACAAGGUCAAUGUGAACCUGCAGACGCACAACGGUACAAGCCCGAUGUUCAUCGCAAGCCAAAAGGGCUACGACGAAAUCGUCAAGGUGCUGUGUGCUGCGGGGGCCAACGUCAACUUGGCAAAGCACAACGGAACAUGUCCCAUCGAUGCAGCUGCCAUGGGAGGCCAUGCUGGUGUCGCCGUGACGCUCUUGCACCAUGGAGCGCGCGUUGGGGGCCUCGCUCUCCACUUUGCCGAGCGACGCGACGACCCCACCAUGCAAGCCUUGCUCAUGGCGCAGUACCAGGCGCAAUGGCGGACCGUACCGCCCAUGCUGUGCCCCCCACCGGCAACUCUUCAACUCCCCGCCGUAGAUUUGUUUCCGCUCGAACGAUGAGCGGGCGACGCAUCAUGGAGACCACCCCCACCCUUGGAUAGACAUCGAUGGCAACAUUGUACCACAUACGAAUAGACUCGUCACCAUCGCAA